AUGAUAUCUCAUAAAAAAAGUCUUGGUCAUAUUUUCAAUGCUUAUCCUUCACCAACAUUAAUACGUCUUAAUCAAAGUUCAAAUAAUGAUCCGAAUAUUCAUAUGAUAUGGUCAAUAAAAGGUAAUACAAUGGGUGUAACAAAAUUAAUAUUUCAUUUGGAUAUAUUUUAUGAUGAUGAUACAUCAUUAUCACGUAUCUGGUCAUUAAAUGUUCUUGUAAUACAACCAAAACGUGUUAUUGAUACAUUAUUUUAUAUUAUUAUUCCAUUCAUAGUGGUUAUUAUUUCAAUAUUAAUGGGUAUUUUACUUGAUCCAAAAAUAAUAGGUGAUAUUUUAAAAAAUCCCAAACCAGUUAUUGUUGGUUUUGUUGCUCAAUACGGUUUAAUGCCUUUUUUGGCAAUGGCAAUUGCAAAAAUUUUUCGCUAUUCACCAUUAAAUAGUCUCGCUCUGUUUGUUAUUGGUUGUUGUCCAGGCAGUGGUGCUUCCAAUCAAUGGACAGUUCUAUUUGAUGGUGAUGUUAAUUUAUCUGCCAUAAUGUCAUUUGUUUCAACUACGGCAUCAUUUUUUAUGAUGCCUCUCUAUUUGUAUACAAUAGGGAAACUUUAUAUGGAUGAACUUUCAAUAAAUGUUCCAUUUUGGGGUCUUGCACGUUCAUUAGCACUUGUUGUUAUACCAUAUAGUAUUGGCAUUGCUAUAAGUCAUUUUUAUCCUAAAUCACGUCCAUUUAUAACACGACUUAUUAAACCGAUGAUGGUGUUUGUGUUAUUAUUUUUUCUUACAUUUGGUUUAGUUGUUAAUUGGUAUUUGUUUAUAAUGAUAGAUUUAUAUACAGUAUUAACAGCACCACUACUACCAUUUAUAGGUUUUUUUCUUGGUGGUAUCUUAGCUUGGAUAUGUGGUAUGAGUUGGACUCAUAUAAAAACAAUUGGUAUUGAAGCUGGAAUACAGAAUGUUGGUAUUGCAUUUAUGAUUAUAAUGUAUUCAUUUCCACAACCAUAUUCAACACAAGGAAUUAUUGUACCAUUGAUUGUUUCUUUAUUAACAACAAAACCAUUUUGGAUUAUUUUAAUAGUACGAAAUAAAACAAGACAAUAUAAACGCCGCAAAGAACAAGCAAAAAAAUCCAAUAUUGAUGGAGAUAUUAUUCUUAAUAAUGAUAAAUCAUCAUUGAAUAAUGAAGAAAAUCGUCAGAACGGAGAUAUCUGGGAAACCAUGGUAUAG